AGGAGUGGCGUGCCUGGCUCAGGCCACUAUGAGAAAAAGUGGCUUUGACAAAAGCACUUUCUACCCUUGUACUCAAAUAUAAAUAUGCGCAGGUGUGAUAAAUAUUUAAACUGUUUUGAAGUAGGAUGGUAUAGAUGUAAACCGGGUUGGGUUCAGCAGUAAGCCUGUGUCUUAAAUGUUCCAGGCUUAUGUUUCAGCCUUCUGACAAUUAAUUUUCCAGUCAUGCGAUUCAGUUCUUCUCAGGAAUUGGACAAACAACAUCACUACCAUCUUCUUCCGGAUUCCGAUCUGCAAAAUGAUAGAACUGGAAGAAAGUGGCAGAAAGAGGUCACUAAAUCUGAAACCCCAAAAAACAAGUCACAACCAGAUGUCAGUGGUCGUAGGCGGGGCCGUUUCAACAAAUAUGCUCUUGCCGGUGCUAUCCUUGCCUCCACAAAUUCAAUUCUACUUGGCUAUGAUAUUGGGGUGAUGAGUGGAGCAGCGCUAUAUAUCAGGGACAAUCUAAAGAUCAAUUCAACCCAAGUGGAGAUCUUGGUGGGUAGCUUGAAUGUAUGUUCUUUAAUUGGCUCGCUUGCCUCAGGUAAAACUUCUGACUGUAUUGGCAGGCGUUAUACAAUAGUCUUGGCAGCAGCCACGUUUCUGAUAGGAGCAAUUUUAAUGGGACUAGCACCAUCAUUCUCUUUCCUCAUGGCUGGAAGAGUAGUAGCCGGAAUUGGUGUUGGCUACUCUAUUAUGAUCGGUCCAGUCUACACUGCGGAGAUCUCUCCGGCCAUGACUCGGGGCUUUCUCUCUUCACUCCCUGAAGUCUUCAUUAAUGUUGGAAUUCUACUUGGUUACAUCUCCAACUACGCAUUGUCUAGUCUUCCAGAGCACAUAAAUUGGAGACUAAUGCUAGGACUAGCAGCCCUGCCAGCCUUUGCUGUUGCACUAGGCGUCACAGUGAUGCCAGAGUCCCCUCGUUGGCUUGUCAUGAAAGGCCGAUUUGUGGAAGCGAAGCGAGUUUUAAUCAAAACGUCAGAUUCUGAAGAGGAAGCUGAUAUGAGACUUGCUGAAAUGGCAAAGGCUGCUGCAACUUUAGAACAAGAACCAUCUUCACGUAGCUGGCAUGGCCAAGGGGUUUGGAAGGAGUUGCUACUGAGGCCAUCUAGGCCUAUUCGACGAAUUCUCAUUGCUGCCAUUGGUGUUAACUUCUUUAUGCAAGCUUCUGGCAACGAUGCUGUUAUAUAUUACAGCCCCGAAGUGUUCAAGGACGCUGGAAUUCACGGAAGGAAACAGCAAGUCGGUGUUACAGUCAUCAUGGGAAUUGCCAAAACAUGCUUCGUUUUCAUAUCUGCUCUUUUCCUGGACCACUUUGGGAGACGGCCCCUCUUGUUGUUGGGCUCUACAGGGAUGGCUAUUUCAUUAGCUGGGCUAGGCCUUGGCUCCGAGUACCUUCAGCAAUGCUAUGAGAAGCCAGCAUGGGCCAUUGCCUUGUGUAUAGUGGCUGUGUGCGCUGAUGUUUCCUUCUUUUCGAUUGGGCUCGGACCUAUCACAUGGGUCUACUCUUCAGAGAUAUUUCCAAUGCGGUUACGAGCCCAAGGUUCAAGCCUGGCAAUAUCAGUCAACAGGGUGGUUAGUGGGAUUGUCUCCAUGACAUUUCUAAGCAUUUCAGAAAAGAUUACAUUCGGGGGAAUGUUUUUUGCACUUUCAGGAAUCAUGGCGGUGGGCACAGUUUUCUUUUACUUCUUUCUGCCUGAAACCAAAGGCAAGAGCUUAGAAGAGAUUGAGAUUCUUUUUGAGGAUAAACCUCCUGAUGGAAACAAUAAAGGUCUAGCUUCCUAAUACAAAGGGGCUUUGCCCACAAAUUGAAAAAUGAUCUGCAAACAUCUUUGUUUAAAGCUGGGUGCAUGGUGUUGGUGGAGCUUUAAGGAAAAAAGUCCAAGCAUUUAGAACAGGCAAAGACAUGGCUUUCUGGGAAAAAGACUGUGACAUGAUACAGGUAAAAUGUCAAUUCGAUUAAGCUUUUCGAGUCUAGAAGCGUAGACUUACACAUUGAUACUCAAUUGGAAAAGAUUUGGAUUUUUGUUUUCUUGUGGCACGUGAAGAAAAUCAAAGGUUGUCGCCAAAUUCCUUGGUACUUCACUUAGUUGAAAUACAUGGGGAUUGUGUAGUAAAUAUUUUAAAUAUAUGAUCAGAUUUAAGUAUAUAUCCCAUGCUUCGUAUAUUUUUUUUGACUUA